AUGCCUGCUGGUUUCUACCGCGUUUGUAGUUGCUCGCUGCUCGACAUCCGUCCACAUCCGGUCACGAAGUUAUCAGAAUGGCACAUGCACUUGCAGGCGAAGGAGCAGGACAGGUUGGAUCAGUUAUUUUCGCCGCGUGGGGACGAUGACGAAAUCGAAAACUCAAGCGGAGUCGAUGAUCAAGAGGUCGAGGGGAAUGUUGAUAUGGGUUCACGGGCGAGAGAUGCGACAAGAGAGACUACAGAGCUACAACGUCCAGAUUUGCCUGCCAGGAGACCUCGAUCUAAACCGUCCCAAAGGGUCCCAAGCCGAAGACAUAUUCGCGACCAACAGCUGGAUGACGAUGGUGCAAGCUCUGGAGAUAACGAAGAUCAGUUUGGGGUGCAGGGGGACAAGUUGGACGAGGAUGAUGGGCUACAGCCCCUUAUACCCGCUAGAACACCCCGAACAGUUCGAACCCGAAGGCCAGCCAUAAAUGCCCGGCCGGCGAUGUCAGAACCCAGAGCCAUUUCACCUCACGAUUCAUCUUUACGAUCUCCAAGGCAUACUGGACGGGGCUACACGGUUGGCGUGGGUGGGGGCCUGGAGAUUGAUCAUGAAUUUGAUGCCCCGGAGUUUCCUGCAAGAAGACGACGUCGCGCUGUAGCUAGAUUAAUAGAUCAUGUUGACACGGAGUUGAAUGACCAAAAAAGCCACCAUCGAUCUGAAAGUGUUGCUUGGGAAGACAUGAUCUCUUCUGAUGAACCAGCUGCAGAUCAGCCCGAUGAUGAUCUAGAUGUGGACGAAGAACCGCCGGAAUUGCCAGCUCGAAAGCCCCGAGUAACCUCGCGCCGGUAUCAAAAGGAACACUUCGAGAAUAGACAUGAGGAUAUCCCAGCGGAUGCAGCCGAUAGUUCCGAGGAUGAGAAUAUAGCCUCGAGCCCCCCUCCAAUAUUGCCAUACGUGCAGCAUCCAGGAUCCGAAGUAGCUGAUUCACCUGCAGCAAACAACGAAAACGACCAAACCAGCCCUGGCAUGGCGGAAGAGUCAGAUAUUGAGAUGGAUAAUCUACCUUACGAUUCGGAAUAUAUUGGAGGUAUGCGACAUGUACAGGGUAGUUCUGAUAUAGAUAUGCAUAUGGCUUCAGAAGACGCCCACAACAUCAUCAAUCAUGACGGUAGUGAUCACGACCAAUCGGCUUCAGACGGAUAUGAAGAGGUAUUGGUCGAAAGUGGGGUUGAUAGCGAUGAGGAGAAUAAUGAUGAAUAUGUUGUUGGUGUAGCUGUAGGCCUAAUGAGGAGGGGAUUUGUUGCGGAGCCACAGCUUGAUCAUGAGUAUGACACAUAUUCCGAUCUUUUAUCCAGUUCAGAUGAGGAUAUGCCAGGCCGCGAUGGUGUUGCUAGCAGUACUGGUGAGGUACGGUUGGAUAGAGCAAACCCUGGCGUAGAUUCUAGAUCUGUGGAAUCCAGUACAGACGACGGAGAGGGCGGUUUUCCAUAUGGUGCGAGAAAAAUGGCAAUGUCAAAAACUGAGCUGCUAUCGGUGGCAAUACAUGACAUAAAACUUACCCAUAAGCUGUCCAGGGCAUCGGCAAGCGAUAUAACGUCAUUGAUCAACAAUAUAUCCUUCACCGAUUCAGUCGAGGAUGUCGACCCCCGUGGCAGGUCGUGCUGGGAUUACCGAACUACGAAGAAAUGGAUUCAAAACAAGACCGGCGUGGAAUCGAUAAGCAUUGAUUGCUGUAAGUCAUCAUGCAUGUCUUAUGCGCUGUAUCCAGAUAAGUGGCAAUGCGAUUACUGUCAACACCCUAGAUGGAAGGAUGGUAAUAUAGGUGCCAGGAAAGAGCCUUACGCUACAUACGACUAUAUACCUAUAGAGCACCGUCUCAGGCUUUGGUAUGCAGAUCCAGUACGUGCAAGUUGGUUGAUAGCUUAUCGGGACCAAGUCGAAUCACAAGAAGGUGUUACCUCAGACUUUUGGACUGGUGAUCUUUAUCGAGACAUGAAGGCUAAACGCCUAUUCCAGCAGAAAACGGAUCUGGGAUUCGUAUUAACUACCGAUGGGGUUCAGAUAUUCCAGUCAAGGGCGAAAUUCUCUAUUUGGCCGAUUGCUCUUUUGUGCCUCAAUCUUCCACCCACCGUUCGAGCGAAACGACAAAACAUGCUUUGCACAGGGUUCAUACCAGGUCCCAAAACACCAAGGGAUAUUGACUCUUUCUUGUACCCACUGGUCAAAGAGCUUGAAGCACUUGAGCGGGGGAUACGCGGGGUUUUGAAUGCGUCGAUACCAUCAUGGAUGCCUGAAAGACACUUCACUCUUCAUGGAUAUCUAUGCCUGGUUGCCGCAGACAUGAUUGCACGUGAAAAACUCAUGAAAGUAACGGGGAAUCGCUCAUAUUGCUAUUGCGAGUAUUGUAUGGUCAGGGGUGUAUGGAACGGGUCCCUGUAUUGCCCAAUGACUCCACCGACAGACACCCCACAGAAGGCUAGAAUACGCAAGGGCUCGGGUUACCCCUGGAAAACGUGGGACCGUACAAGCCUCCCAAUGCGAAUAGACGAGGAAUUUCGUCUGGUUGCUCAACAAAUCGCGAGAAGGGGUGCAACGGCGCAGCAAAAGGCUAAAUAUGGUAUCAAAGGUCUGUCGAUUCUAAGCCGCUUGACUGCAGUUGAUUUUCCACGAAGCUUCCCACCAGAUAGCAUGCAUUUGUGGUUCGAGAACAUCAUUCCAGAUCUCGUCAAGCACUGGAGAGGAAAAUUUGUAUGUGAUGUUGGUGAAAGUGAGCCGGCUGAACCCCGGCGGCGAGGUGCGGGAAAUCAAGCACAGAGAGACAGGGGGGAGUUCAGUGACGAACCGGAGGAGGAAUCUGCAGAUCCGGAAGAGGAUUCAGAAGAGGAAUUGAGGCAGGAUUCGGAUGUUGAGGAAGAGGAAGAUGUUGACAUGAUCGAUCGCGGUCGCGAGGAGGGGAGCCCAGGCGGAUCUGAUGCUGACAGCGAGCUGAGUGAAAACGAACUCGACAGCGUAAAAGAAGGGGGUUCUCCAGCCACUGCAAGGAGUGGGAGACAAACGGUUCGAGCUCGGCGAAAUAGAGUGACACCAGCAGGUCAUGGCCCUGGUAUAACAAGACGGGCGAGGGCACCGAUAGAACAGACUAUAUCUAGAAGGUCUAGACCAAAUCCAGCACAGGCAAGAUCGAGAGGCCGGGAUUCAACAGCAAAGGUUAUCCCAAACGACGACCCAUACAACAUACCAGUCAAGAUAUGGGAGCGGAUAAGCACCGAUAUUGCAUCGAGUUCAUCUACGUUUCCACAGCUGUUUGGUCCGCUGCUCAGAAACUUUCUAGAAUACAUCAAUAUGAUGACUGCGGCGGAGUGGAAGCUGUUUGCGUUCAUCAUAGGUCCGGUAUACAUGAAGGGGGUCCUUCCAGAAGAGGAUUACGUUGAAUUCGUCAACCUAAUAGAGGCUGUUCAACUAACAUGUGAUCACUCCAUCCUCGACGACGACCUGACCCAAUUGGAGGUCAGCAUCCAGAGGUUCAGCGACUAUUACGAAAGACGAUACUAUCGUAUGAAGUGGACACGGCUCAAGGCCUGCCUACCUGUUUUUCACCAAAUAAUCCAUGUCCCCCAAGCCAUUCGAUGGGCAGGCCCCAUGUAUUCAUACUCGCAAUGGGCGAUGGAGCGUUUCUGCGGGACAUUGUCUAAAACGGCAAAGUCUAGGGUUUCGACGAAUAAAAAUAUCUCCAACACGAUCACCAUGUUGGAACAAAAGAACUGUCUCGUAUACGUUAUAGACCAAGAAGGAAUAACGGUGGAGAGUAGCGAUGAAGACUCAGAUGGUAAUAUCCUACUGGCGAAGUUCUUGUCGAAACGGAUAAAAAAUUCCAGGCCGCCGGAAGCCAAAAUGAUAUCGGAUAUGCGUGAGAGAGAUACGAUAACAUUCUGUGGUCCAUCAAAGGUAAAGCCCUUGACGCCAUAUGAAAGGAUAUGUCUUCGUAACUUCCUGGGAAACGAAGAUUUUGAUGUGGAUCUUGCAAUCGAUGAUGCUGAGGAUUCUCAGUUAGAUGCCACAGCAGACGGUUAUGAGAUUCCGUUACAUUGUCGUGUAUUCCGAGCUGUAGAUUUUAAAACUACAGUACAACGUGGUGACCCAUACCCAUUUAAAGCGACUUCUUCAACAAGACAGAGAUCAAACCUUACUCGGUCAACAUCAUUCGUAAGCUUUAAACUGGCACGAGCUCUACCGGAUCGAAAUGGGAACCUCCGGGGUGGGGAAAGAGAAACUUUGACUGAAUACGGCGAGGUCCUAUUCUUUUUUACUGUGGAUAUUCCAAAUCCAGAGGAGAAUGCCUUCAUCCGGCGCCAUCUGCAAGUAACGAGAAGACUCACUCUACGGAAUACAGCAGCCACGGGUGCGGAGCCAGUUGACGAGCAGAUUCAGUUAAAAGAAAAAGGGGCCAUCAGGAAGAAAAAGGAUUGCGAACUUCUUCUCGCAUGUGUGAGGCAUUUCCCGGGAUACUAA